AUGCAGUGCCGAGCUCGACCCAAGGCGGUUUUAAACAAACUAGCCGAGGGUAUGAGUUACGCUGAGGUUCUCAAGGACCUGAAGCAAAAGGUGAAGCCUGAAGUCCUUGGUGUAAAAAUCAGGGGGGUCAGGCAAACUAGAAACGGAGAGGUCCUUGUGGAACUCGGACCUGCAUCAGAAAAUAGAGCUACAUUUUCAGCAGCCAUCAUAGAGGCAGUUGGAGAAAGAGGUAAAGUGAGUGAACUCGUACCCCAUGUGGAGGUCGAGGUCUUGGACCUCUACACGACCACAGAUGCAGCAGAAUUCGAAGAGGCCGGAAGAAGCCACUUCAACAGAAGCUAUGUAGGAGAUGUGAAAGUCAGCCUCACGAAAAGAUACUUCAGAGGCAAUCUGAGGGUUUUCGUGGAGCUGACAGAAGCACUGACGGGGAGAUUGUCACGCGCAGGACACCUGAAGGUGGGGUGGGUGUCCUGUCGCGUAGAAAAGAAGAUAGAAAGGGUACACUGCUACCACCGCCUACACGUUGGCCACAUAGCAGCUCAUUGCGAGGGCCCCGACCGAACAAAGGCAUGUUGGAGAUGUGGAAAGGAGGGACAUAGGGCUGCGGCUUGUGAAAGCACGCCGCAGUGCUAUCUCUGUGCCGAUAAAGAAGGAAAUCAUCGGACAGAUCACCAAUCAGGGACGAUGAGGUGUUCGAUGUGCAGGGAGGCGGCUUCCUCGAAGAAGCCUCCCGGACGUCCAAGGUAA